AUGUGCGGGAGAUAUGUGUUGUCAAUGCGGCCUAGCGCUGUGCAGCGGCAUCUGGCAGAGAAUAAUAUGCCAUCGGAAGAAGCYCCAAACGACGAUGAUGAUCGCAUCAGGCAAUCCUACAACUUUGCGCCGGGAUAUCAUGGUCUCAUCUACAGGGCCAACACUGCUGAUCGUGGUGCUGGUCGCGAUGGAGACCAUGAGUCGGAAAGCAAUAGUGCCGAUGGACAGCCACAAGUAGAUGGACUUGCCACCAAGGAGACCAAGUACAAGUUGCAAGCGGCGAGAUGGGGUCUCAUUCCUUUCUGGACAAAGCGUGCGCCAGAUUAUGCCAGUCAAAUGCGCACCAUUAACUGUCGUGAUGACAGCUUGAUUGAAAACCGUGGCAUGUGGAACACGAUGAAGCAACGAAAGCGGUGUAUCGUCGUCGCUGAGGGGUUCUACGAAUGGUUGAAGAAGAAUGGCGGGAAAGAGAAGAUUCCUCACUAUACGAAGCGUAAAGAUGGUCAACUAAUGUGCUUCGCCGGAUUGUGGGAUAUGGUUCAGUACGAAGAUUCCGAAGAGAAACUCUAUACAUACACGGUGAUCACGACAGACUCAAAUAAGCAGUUGCAAUUCUUACACGAUCGAAUGCCGGUCAUCUUAGAGCCAGGCAGUGACGAGAUGAAAGCAUGGCUCGAUCCUAACAGGAUUGGAUGGGACAAGGAACUGCAGAGCAUGCUGAAGCCGUAUCAGUAUGAGCUGGACUGCUAUCCUGUUGACAAAGCGGUGGGAAAAGUGGGCAACAACAGCCCUUCAUUUCUCAUCCCGAUCGACAGCAAGGAAAACAAGCAGAACAUUGCAAACUUCUUUGGCAAUCAACGCGCUACUGCCGAGAACGUUGCCGCAAAAAACGAAGCUGCACGCGAGGCGAAACAAGCCACGAGCGAGUCGUCCACCAAAGAGGAUCCCAAGGAGGAUCGUGAGACUGCCKCAAAUGUUGAAAGCACCGAGGACAAUGCGCCGUUACCGAAGCCAGAGGAAAUUUCUGAGCGUGAACUAUCGCAGCGGCUCAAGGUACACCAAACAGACAGCGAUGGCGAUACAUCCGUCGCAACAGGCGAGAGAACCGAGAGGGACAUCGCUAAGGACACUACGGAACUUGAUGACGAGUCCAUGUCAAAGGCAGCAGAUGAGCAGGUGGAGAGGGGCAUCAAGCGAGAAAUGUCAGAGAUCGAUGAUGCAGCACUCGCUGCUGCUGAAGACACCGCUCCGUCGAGAAAGGCUGUCAAAAUCGAAGACUCGGGUAUAUCACCUGUGAAAAGUACUCCAGCGAAGAAGGCUACCGUAGGGAGGUCAAGAAACGCUACAUCCAACGAAAAGGUCGCGAAAACGCCGACAAAGGACGGCAAUGCGAAGAUUACCAGCUUCUUUGGGAAAUGA